UUCUGACAAGUUUGUCAGGACUCAGGUGUAAAGUAAAAUAAAGCUGUUGUAGUGUCAUUUGAAGUAAAUUAUGGCCCCAUUCAAGUAAAACAAGGCAAUAUAGUCCAAAGUUACCAAAUGAAAAUCAGUCAUGCUUUACCAUUUUCAAAAACGAUAGGCUCUGCAAACCAAGAUGCCGAAAUGCAACAAAAUAAAGAAUCCUUGCAAGAUUUGUUUGGCCCCAGUGACACAAAAGAAUGGCUUGCAAUGUCAAGGCUUCUGCCAAACUUGGAUGCAUUAUGGUUGCUUAGAUUUCACACCAGGAAAAAUAAAAGACAUCAAGGCUGGAGUUAUUCAGGUUACGUGUCCAUGCCCUGAUUGUUCGUCACCAUAUCCACGAGAAAUUCGCACAGAUGAAUCGUUUAGUUGCACGAAUUUAGAAUGCCCGGCUAACUUAGCACCAAGAUGUGAAAAUGAAAAAUGUCCUAGUAAUAAAGAAUUGGAAAUGAAAGAAAGAUAUGCUUCCGCAGGUGUUCCUUUGGAUAAGUGUGAAGCAGAAACGUGUAAAAAGCAUAACCAAAGAUUAGACAGUCCAAUAUCAACUACAAAAAUCAAUCAGAUGUCUCGGAAAUCUAUUGAAAGUGUUUUAUGUACCAGUACAGGAUGCACGCCUCAGAAAGCUCCAGGUAGUACGGUUACUGGAGAUUGUGUUGGUGUUACAAAAUCAAUGCCAUCUCUGAGUGUUCUUGAACAAAUGUGCAACACAGUUGGUCAGCUCACUGAACAAAUUCACGACCUAAUGAAUCAAAUGAAAUAUGCAGUCCAAGAAAAAGAUUGUGGAAUGAGUUCUAAUAUUUCUAACUCUGCUGGCAAACGCUCUCCAAAUCCAUGUUAUUGUCCUGGAAAUCGAAGAAACUAAUGAUUUUCAUUACUUAUUAAUAUAUGGUUGUAAUAAAUAA